AGGCCCACCAAAAGCAUCAAUCAUAGGGAUCAAAGCCAUAUUCAUAGACAGAAAUCACAAUACAGUUGUAAGCCUUUAAGGAAUAUACACCGACUUCAUUCGGUAUAUAUUCUCUUUCACACAAACAAAAUCAAAACAACCCGAAACUCCACAUACAGAAAAAUGGAGAAGGAGAGUCGCAUGCAUUUCGUUUUGGUCCAUGGACUGUCCCAUGGAGCAUGGUGUUGGUACCAGGUCGCCACACUGCUAAGAUCAGACGGUCACAAGGUCACGGUACCCGAUCUUGCUGCAUCUGGGAUCAAUCUGAAGCGACUCGAUGAGGUCCAAUCUGUCCAUGACUAUUUUCAGCCGUUGAUGGAGAUCAUGGCCUCUCUUAAUCCAGAUGAACGAGUUAUCGUCGUAGGCCACAGCUUCGCAGGCAUCGGUGUUGCACUAGCGAUGGAGAAGUACCCUGAGAAGAUCUUGGUGGCAGUUUUUCCCACCGCUGUGAUGCCGGGUCUUGGUGGCCCACCUUUGGCUAUCAUCAAAGAGUUUUUCGGGAGAUUGGAUGAUCCUAUGGAUUGCCAAUUCACGUUCGAUCGCGGGCCAGAAAACCUUCCAACAUCAGUUACCUUCGGGCACAAGUUCAUGUCAUCCAAGGUGUAUCAACGCUGUCAACGUCAGGAUCUUACACUAGCAACCAUGUUGGUACGCGUGGGGAGUUUGUUUGAAGAAGAUAUAUCCGCGGAAAACAUGCUUACGGUGGAGAAUUAUGGGUCAGUGAGUCGGGUUUACAUCGUAUGUAAGGAGGAUGAGCUGAUGGAGGAGGAUCUCCAAAACUGGAUUAUCAAGAAUAAUCCAACGGAUGAAGUGAAAGCGAUCGAAGGAUCUGAUCAUAUGGUCAUGUUAUCAAAGCCCAAAGAGCUUUGCGCCUGUCUCCUGGAGAUUGCAGGGAAAUAUGCUUAAUCUGAUUAUGUCUAAUACUAACUAUAUAUUGUCAAGCUUUUAAUAAAAUUUCUCAAAUUUCUCUUUUUA